AUGGAUACAAUUGAGCAAUUAGUUCUUUGGACAUUAACAGAACAAAAUAAUACAAUGAAUAAUGUUUUGGCACCUAGUGUUUGGCCCUAUGUGAAACCAAAAACCAGCUGUGUUUCGCCAUAUGCUCUAUCAUCUGGAACUUGUGUAAAUCUAUUACUUGAUUUCAAUAAUUGUGGUAGUGUUUCAACCGUAUGUUCAAGUGCAUCAUACACAACCUGUACAGCUGGUGUCUGUAGCACAGUACCAGCUGUUCAAUUGACCAGUUACACUUCAAUUUGGACAGGUGGUAUUAAUGGAUCAUCUGACGAUGACAUCUUUAAUUUAACACUUCCGUUUAGUAUUACAGUUUACAGUACGACAACUAAUUUUGUUCAACUAUCAACUAAUGGUGUUAUCUGUCUAAGCAGUUGCUCGAAUAAUUGGAAGGAAACAAAUUUACCUAGUACUUCUUUCGGUACCGUAGUUUUACCAUAUUGGGAUGAUCUUUAUAUUUAUGCCAAAACUUGGCAAGGUAUUUAUUAUGCAACUCAAGGUACUGCUCCGAAUCGUGACCUUAUAUUCGAAUAUUAUACGAGUCAGUAUGGAUCACCGACUCGGUAUUAUCAGUUUCAAGUUAAAUUUUUUGAAGCUACACCUGGUGUUGUUGAAAUCCACUAUUACAAUGCAGACGACACGGGUGCUAGUUGUACUGUCGGUGUUCAAAGUUCUAGCAGUGGUUCAUUUUUGCAACAUUCUUUCGAUUCAGCAGGUAGUGUAACAGUAAAUCUGAUUCUUACUAUUAACACUAAUACUGGUGCUAUAACAACAACUGGUUAG